ACUAGCAUAGUAGUAGAAUGUGUAAAUUAAAAGUUUCAGUUUUCCUGUCAAUUGUAGUAGCUGCUUCGACUGCUGAGAUACGAGACAGGGUUACAUCGAACGACUAUGAAGUACCGUCAUCCCGUAUUACCGAUGGAAUCGUAGCUUCCUCCACCGACAUUCCGUGGGCUGCUGGAGUGCUCAUCCACGGCGGAACUUCCGGACAUGACUUCUGCAGUGGGGUGCUGAUUUCCAGAAGAUUCGUUUUGACGGCAGCCAAUUGCGUUUCAGGGGCAAACACCAUCACCGUGGCGUUGAACGCCGCUGAUUGGAUGAACGUUGGAACGCUCAUCAGGGUGUCACACAUUAAUAUCCAUCCGAACUUCAACUGGCUACUGGGUCGGGAUGACAUAGCCAUUCUCACGCUAAGUCAGAACGCUCCCGUUGAUGACCGUACAAUUCGGCCAGUGCAGCUGCCACGCCGAUCGGAUGUUGGUAGGAGGAUGGUCGACUGGGUCGUUACAACCGCCGGGUGGGGUAACACGGGUAAUCGAGAAAACGAACCGAUUCCAACGCAGCGCCUCCGGUUUACGAGGGAUACCGUAACCUCAACGCUCGUUUGUCAGUUGUCUUAUGUCUGGGUCAGAAGCACUCACAUUUGUGUUGCCACGAACAAUGGCGGUCCGUGUAAUGGCGAUGAAGGAGGACCAGUAACGGUCACAGAAGGUGCCAGAACAUUUUUAGUUGGUAUCCACUCGUUCCACUACAGUGGAAUUCGAGGAUGCGAACGGGGUAGAUCAGCCGUCAACACACGUAUCACCGAAUAUCUCGAUUGGAUACAGCAAAAUUCUGACAUUGUGAUUUCCCCAUAAAACUAUGACU